CGUCGUUGUGGUAGGUUGUGUCCUGUUAGGCUCUCCAACUGUCGGUCUCUGUCGAGCCAUUCAUGGGUAACCAUGGCAAGUCUUGAAAAAAUACCUAAGGAGAAAACUAUUGAGCUACGACAAAAAUAUGUCGGGCCCUCCUGCAAGUUAUUCUUCCGCAGCGACCCUCUGAAAAUUGUGAGGGCUUCAGGCUGCCGCAUGUACGACGAGCUCGGCAACGCCUACCUCGACUGCAUCAACAAUGUUGCGCAUGUUGGCCACUGCCACCCUAAAGUGGUGGCAGCCGCAGCGGCGCAGUACGGGCUACUCAACACCAACAACCGCUUCCUGCACGACGAGCUCGUCCUGUACGCGCAGCGGCUGUGCUCGCUGUUUGCCCCGCCCCUCUGCGUGGUUUACUUCACUAACUCCGGCAGCGAAGCGAACGACUUGGCUCUGCGGCUUGCAUGGACUCAUACGCGACACCGGGACGUCAUCACCUUGGACCAUGCCUACCACGGCCACGUGUCUUCCUUGAUCGACAUUUCGCCGUACAAGUUCAACCACCCAGGGGGGGAGGGCAAGAAGGACUGGGUGCACGUCAGCGAUAGCAUAGUAAUACAAACUACUGUUAUUGGCAUAGUUAUUACCGUGUUCAGAGCGAUAGCGGAGAGCUUCGGGGCGACGGGCAUGGAAUAUUUCAACACGUUCGGUGGUAACGCCGUGUCGUGCGCCGUGGCACGGGCCGUGCUGGACGUCAUCGAGGAGGACGGGCUCAUGACGGCCGCUCUGAACACGGGCCGCCUUCUCGGGGACCUUCUGCGACGUCUCAUGGACAAACAUCAAAUUAUUGGAGACGUGCGGGGCAUGGGUCUGUUCUGGGGCGUGGACCUCGUCACGUGCAGGGAGACGAGGGCGCCUGCUACAGCCCACGCUGCCCACGUCAUUAACAGGCUGAAGGAGCAGUACGUGCUGCUGAGCAGCGACGGGCCUCACCGGAACGUCCUCAAGUUCAAGAGCCCGUUAGUCUUCUCCGAGGACGACGUCCGCGAGGUCGUGAAUAAGCUGGACGUCGUGCUUACCGAGAUCACGACUGCCGAGGCGCUGGUCAACGACGUGGCGAGGCUGGCGUGCAACGGCGGCAGCGUCGAGGGGAACGGGACGAGCGAUCCUGUGGACUCUUCAGUGGCCUCUUCAGUGAGCUCUUCAGUGGCCUCCUAAGUGGCCUUUUCCGUGGCCUCUUCAGUGGCUUAUUUAGUAGCUUCUUCAGUGGCCACUCAGUGGCCUCCUAAGUAGCCUCUUCAGUGGCCUCCUCAGCGGCUUCUUCAGCGGCCUCAUAAGUGGCCUCAUAAGUGGCCUCUUCCAGUGGCCUCUUCAGUGGCCUUUUCAGUGGCCUCCUAAGUGGCCUCUUCAGUGGCCUCACACCUGCAGCCUCGCAAACGCUGUUUAAUUCAGGCUUUUUUUUCAGACGCGAUCCAUUGUGUAACUAUGGUACAUGUUUGGACAUGAUACUACAUGUGUACAUGAUUGCUCAACUAUGGUACAUUGUUUGGACAUGAUAUAUCGUUUAAAUAUGCAACAUUAUGUAGACAUGGUAACACUUGGUCCAUCUUGAUUUGUUAAGCCAUGAUUCAUUGUUAAUGCAUGAUACAUUUUUUGGACACGGGAUAUAGUUUAGCCAUGAUAUAACUCCGUAGACAUGGAACAUCGUUUAGAUAUCAUGUUUUUCUUAGAAAAACAUAAUGUCUGUGCACAUGUGUUUAAAUACAUGCUAUGCACGGUUGCCGAUAUAUUAUACAUAAAAUAUUAUUAUCCUGCAUUGAAGGUGUCGGCGGUCGUUGGGAAAAGCUUCCAUAGUUUUUAUGGUAAGAGAAAUGUUAAGGAAUAUUAUUUAAAUGAGAUAAUUGGCUUUUUUUAUGUCAAAGGAUAU